GUUAAGAACAUUUGGGGGUGCUAAUUUUAAAACUAAGGGUGCUAAGUACAUCCAAGCCACCCCCUUCCCUAAUUACGCCAAUGCCUUUUAAAACACGUAUAACUGAACCCUGUUCAGAAUCAUUUUUCAUUAGCAAUGCAUAAUGAUUAAUCGUUGCAUACAGUCAUACAGAAUAUAUAGGUACCUACAUUGAAUUCCCUUCUAUAUCCCAUAUUAACUUCUCACUUUUCAUCCACAACGGCUACAACAGUCCACGGUGCGAUGUGUGAUGGAUUUCCGUCUAUUUUAGUGGUAUUUUUAUUACCCAUGUUUUGGCUACUUCUAUAUUGUUGACUGAUAAAGAGUUAGGUGAUAACUCGAGUCUCUGAAUUAAUGCAAUCACUUUCGUAAUAUUAUUAUUUUUAUUUCAUUUAAAAAGCACCUUGGUGUUUUAUAUCUUGUAUUUGUACCAAUUUGUAUAGCAAGUGAAACAAAUUGACUAACAUACUUAACGUAAAAAUAUUAUUGGUAUAAUUGCGAUGUACCAGUGGUAUUAAUGCACAUCUAUGCCAAAUGCAUUAUAGCUAUAACAAUAUUCACAAUAGUGUUGAUAUUGUAUUCGAAUCCGAAGAUCGCUGUUAAUAUUAAAUCAAAUAUUUUGUCAACAAAUCAUGUGGCAUCCAACAAAGCAGAGUCGAAGAUUAGCAUUUGGAUAUCGGUGACGAAAAUCGACCGCGGACACUUGUUGACCAAGUUCCGUAAGUUUUUCAAGUCAUUAGUCAGUCAGCGCGGCCUGUGCCGUGCUGUUUUCGAAUUAAAUGUGAUAACCGAUAAUGUUAGUCGCCCGACAGUGGACAGUGUAAUACACGAAUUCAGUAAACAAUACAAAGAGACCCUAUUGGAGGUAAACAUUUGCUUAUAACAAUUUGUCGGUUUCAAUUUAACAAUGUUAAUAUUUAAUAUUCAACUAACCUGUAAUAUGUUGAAUUUUAGUUGAUAUAUUAUGAUUUUCAAGACGUAUUGAAAAUUAUAGAAAAUAAAAUUGAACCGUUGAAAAGAUUCUUCCAGUCAUCUAAAGGGUCAUACUACAGCGAUGAUGUCUUCUAUUUAUCGCCAGCACUUCACCUAGUCGCACCUAAAUCUUUGCAGAAAGCUAUUGUGAUAGAUGUUGAUACGGAAUUUCAAUCUAGCGUUUGUGAUCUUUACGAUGUUUUCAACAAGUAAAUCAUUAUUGAAAAGAAUUGUCUGUUAAGUGUAAACAAUUUUAAUCGUCAGUAUUGUUGCAGUUUUACUGAUACACAACUGUUUGGUUUGGCCCCGGAACUGUCGCCCGUAUAUCAUCAUAUCCUGUGGAAAUGGAGGAACUAUAAAGGCGAAAAGUACAAAUCUCGAGAACACAUUUACCUGAAUGGCUUAAACAGCGGUGUCAUAAUGUUAUAUUUAGAACGAAUACACAAUAACAAUGAAUACAAUCAACUCAUUAGCCCCGAAUGGAUCUCUAGUGUUGUUCAAAAGUAUCUGUUCAAAGUAAAGGAACACAUCAGUGUGCUAUUUGUGAUUAAGAGGAUGUUAUAUACGCGUCUACUGUCUCAAUCCAACUACUAACUACUGUUAUCCAACAAAAAAAAAAAACAACAUAGUACAAUAUAGAAUAAGUCAAACUAGCUGAAUUUUGAUUUCGGAGUAAAAGUACCUAUUAUGAAAUUCAUAGAGAACAAUUUUUUGGAGGGAAUGUCAAUUGUUUUAUGAUUUAUGAACUAUUAAAAAAGUUAGAAAAAAAAAAAAGUUUUUGUAUCUUUUAUAUCGAGCUGUAUAUUUUGAAUAAUACAAAAACCCAAUGACAUUCCGUCCAAAAUAUUGUUCUCUAUAAAUUUCAUAAUUAGUACUUUUACUCUAAAAUUAAAAUGUAGCUAGUUUUACUUAUUCUGCAUAAGUAUUGUUUUUGCAUGUUACCUGGUAGUUGGACUGAGACAGUAGAUGCAGGUAUAACGUACUAUUAAAUCCAUUUGAUUUAUUGUUUGUAAUUUUAAGGGUCAUUUGGGUGAUCAAGACUGGUAUACCCUGGUAAGCUAUGAACGAUCAGACUUAAUAUAUCGAUUGCCGUGUGGAUGGAAUCGCCAGCUGUGUACUUGGUGGAAGCAACAUGGUUAUGCUGAUUCAUUUGACUCAUUUGCAAAGUGUUCAGAGAAAAUACAUUUGUAUCACGGAAAUUGCGAUACACCUAUUACACCUAAUUGAUAUAUGAAGGCUCAUGUACAGGAUGCAUGCAUUAUAUUUGUUCAAACUCUAAACAAAAUGUGAAAAAAUAGAACAAUCCUUUUCCAAAAAAAAUGUAAUUCCUGUAUACAUGCCUGGACUUACGUAUAUAUAUAGAACAAAUGUGGUAAUGUGCAAUACAAUAUUGUUGUUGUUUUCAUAAACUUAAAUGGUUUUUAUAUCUAGACUAUAAAUGUUUAACAAUUUAUUUGAAUUGUUUUUAAUUUUUAUAUAAAGUUACAAAUAUAAAAAUAUAUUUUUAAUAUUUAA